AUGGAGAGGAGAGAGGUAAGAUAUCGGAAUAUUUUAUUGUGAUUUAAUGAAACAGUAUCUGUUGCAGAACAUCUGCUCAUCAUACCCCCCCCCCCCCCCCCCUCUCUCUACCUCUCAUUCUUUCUCUCUUCUGUCUCUCUCUCUCUUGUCCUCUCCUUCAGCAUCCAGUCGGAGAAGUCCUCAUCAUUCCGAUGAGAUCUUCAACGUCACUUUUGCCCCAGGAUUCAGCUCGACCCCAAACCCUUUCCCUACAGCCCUCCUCCCCUCCUCCCCCUGCCUCCCCUCCUCCCACCUUCUCUCUGUCCAGUCCCCAGCUCCAGGCUGAGUUUCUGAGGAGAGCUCCCAGAGCUGCUUCCCCUGACAACGACUCGGCAAGACACCAAAACCUUCCCCACAAGCCCUCUCCCCCCAUCUCCCCCUCGGUGUCCCCCUUCUCCUCCCCCUCCCCUCUCCUCCCUCCUCCACCCCUCUCUCUGUCCAUCCCCAGCUCCAGCUGAUUCUGAGGAAGCUGCCCCAAACGCUCCACACCAACUUCCACCUCCCCCAUCCCCCUGGUUCCCUUUCUCCCCCCCCCCCUUCCUCCCCCCCCACCCCUUUCUCCCCCCAGCCCACUGAGUUUGAGGAGAGCUCCAGAGCUGUUCCUGAAGACUCGCAAACACCAAACUUAAGCCUUCAUUCCUUGUGUUUUCCUCCCUCCUCCACUGCCUCCUCCUCACCUCUCUUUCCAGUCCCCGUCAGGCUGAGUUUCGAGGAAGCUCCGUGGUCUAACGUCUCUGAAAGUGUCUCACCUCCCCUCACCUGUCUCCCUUACCUCCCCACCUCCCCCUUCCUCCCCCACGCCCUUCCCUCCUCCACUCAGGGGUGAGUGUUAGUUUAGCGUUCAUGUGUGUACUAGUAUAUAUCUAGUAUGAUUGUCUCUCUCCAGUUCUAGCUACUGUAGUAUAUAGUCUUUAGAUAACUAUAGUAGUGUAGUUAUAGUGUACAUAUCAGUAGAGUUAUAGUAUCUUCAGUAGUGUGUUAUGUAUAUGUAGUGUUUUAUGUAUACAGUAUAGUGUAGUUAUAGGAUACUAGUAGUAGUAGUGUAGUUAUAGUAUACUAGUAGUAAUGUAGUAACAAUAUAUUAGUAGUAGUGUAGUUAUAGUAUAAUAGUAGCAGUGUUGUUAUAGUAUACUAGUAGUAGUGUAGUUAUAGUAUACUAGUAGUAGUAGUGGUGUUAUAGUAUAUAGUAAUAGUAGUGUAGUUAUAGUAUACUAAUAGUAGUAGUGUAGUUAUAGUAUAAUAGUAGUAGUGUAGUUAUAGUAUACUACUAGUAGAGUAGUUAUAGUAUACUAGUAGUAGUGUAGUUAUAGUAUAAUAUCAGUAGUGUAGUUAUAGUAUACUAUCAGUAGUUUAGUUAUAGUAUAAUAGUAGUAGUCGUGUAGUUAAAGUAUAAUAGUAGUAGUCGUGUAGUUAUAGUAUAAUAGUAGUAGUGUAGUUAUAGUAUACAAGUAGUAGUGUAGUUAUAGUAUACUAGUAGUAGUAGUGUCGUUAUAGUAUAAUAGUAGUAGUGUAGUUAUAGUAUACUACUAGUAGAGUAGUUAUAGUAUACUAGUAGUAGUGUAGUUAUAGUAUAAUAUCAGUAGUGUAGUUAUAGUAUACUAUCAGUAGUUUAGUUAUAGUAUAAUAGUAGUAGUCGUGUAGUUAAAGUAUAAUAGUAGUAGUCGUGUAGUUAUAGUAUAAUAGUAGUAGUGUAGUUAUAGUAUACUAGUAGUAGUGUAGUUAUAGUAUAUUAGUAGUAGUGUAGUUAUAGUAUACUAGUAGUAGUAGUAGUAGUGUAGUUAUAGUAUACUAGUAGUAGUGUAGUUAUAGUAUAAUAGUGUAGUUAUAGUAUAAUAGUAGUAGUGUAGUUAUGGUAUACUGGUAGUAGUGUAGUUAUAGUAUAAUAGUGUAGUUAUAAUAUACUAGUAGUAGUAGUAGUGUAGUUAUAGUAUAAUAGUAGUAGUGGUGUUAUAGUAUGCAAGUAGUAGUAGUGGUAUAGUAUACGAGCAGUGGUAGUGUAGUUAUAGGAUACUAGUAGUAUUAGUGUAGUUAUAGUACACUAGUAGUAGUGUAGUUAUAGUAUACUACUAGUAGUGUCAUUAUAGGAUACUAGUAGUAGUGUAGUUAUAGUAUACUAGUAGUAGUGUAGUUAUAGUAUACUAGUAGUAGUGUAGUUAUAGUAUAAUAGUAGUAGUGUAGUUAUGGUAUACUGGUAGUAUGUAGUUUUAUAGUAUAAUAGUGUAGUUUAUAAUAUACUAGUAGUUAGUAGUAGUGUAGUUUAUAGUAUAAUAUAGUAGUGGUGUGUAUAGUAUGCAAGUAGUAGUAGUGGUAUAGUUAUACGAGUAGUAGUAUGUGUAGUUAGUAGGAUACUAGUAGUAUUUGAGUGUAGUUUAUAGUAUAAGAGUAGUAGUGUAGUUAUAGUAUACUAGUAGUAGUGUAGUUUUAUAGUAUACUACUAGUAGUGUAAGUUAUAGUAUACUAGUAGUAGUGGUAGUUAUAGUAGACUACUAGUAGUGUAGUUAUAAUAUAAAAUAGUAGUAUGUAGUUAUAGUAUAACUAGGUAUAGUAGUAUAGUAUACCAAGUUGUAUGUAGUUAUUCGGUAUACUAGUAGUAGUAGUGUAGUUAUAGUAUAAUAGUGUAGUUAUAUUAUACUAGUAGUAGUGUAGUUAUAGUAUACUAAUAGUAGUAGUGUAGUUAUAGUAUAAUAGUAGUAGUAGUGUAGUUAUAGUAUAAUAGUAGUAGUGUAGUUAUGGUAUACUGGUAGUAGUGUAGUUAUAGUAUAAUAGUGUAGUUAUAGUAUACUAGUAGUAUUAGUAGUGUAGUUAUAGUAUAAUAGUAGUAGUGGUGUUAUAGUAUGCAAGUAGUAGUAGUGGUAUAGUAUACGAGUAGAAGUAGUGUAGUUAUAGGAAACUAGUAGUAUUAGUGUAGUUAUAGUAUAAUAGUAGUAGUGUAGUUAUAGUAUACCAGUAGUAGUGUAGUUAUAGUAUACUACUAGUAGUGUAGUUAUAAUAUACUAGUAGUAGUGUAGUUAUAGUAUACUAGUAGUAGUGUAGUUAUAGUAUACUAGUAGUAGUGUAGUUAUAGUAUACUAGUAGUAGUAGUAUAGUAUACUAGUAGUAGUGUAGUUAUUGUAUACUAGUAGUAGUAGUGUAGUUAUAGUAUACUAGUGUAGUUAUAGUAUACUAGUAGUAGUGUAGUUAUAGUAUACUAGUAGUAGUAGUGUAGUUAUAGUAUAAUAGUAGUAGUAGUGUAGUUAUAGUACAUAGUGUAGUAUAGUUAUGUAUAUGUGUAGUGUAGUUUAGUAUAAUAGUGUAGUUAUAGUAUACUAGUAGUGGUGUAGUUAUAGUAUACUAGUAGUAGUGUAGUUAUAGUAUAGAAGUAGUGUAGUUAUAGUAUAAUAGAAGUAGUGUAGUUAUAGUAUAAUUGUGUAGUUAUAGUAUAAUAGUGUAGUUAUAGUAUAAUAGUAGUAGUAGUGUAGUUAUGGUAUACUGGUAGUAGUGUAGUUAUAGUAUAAUAGUGUAGUUAUAGUAUACUAGUAGUAGUGUAGUUAUAGUAUAAUAGUAGGAGUGUAGUUAUAGUAUAAUGGUGUAGUUAUAGUAUAAUAGUAGUAGUUGUGUAGUUAUAGUAUACUGGCAGUAGUGUAGUUAUAGUAUAAUAGUGUAGUUGUAGUAUAAUAGUAGUAGUAGUGUAGUUAUAGUGUAGUAGUAGUGUAGUUAUAGUAUAAUAGUAGUAGUAGUGUAGUUAUAGUAUAAUACUAGCAGUGCUGUAGUUAUAGUAUAAUAGUGUAGUCAUAGUAUACUAGUAGUAGUGUAGUUAUAGUAUACUAUUAGUAGUGUAGUUAUAGUAUACUAGUAGUAGUAGUGUAGUUAUAGUAUAAUAGUAGUAGUGUAUUUAUAGUAUACUAGUAGUAGUGUAUUUAUAGUAUACUAGUAGUAGUGUAGUUAUAGUAUACUAGUAGUAGUAGUGUAGUUAUAGUAUACUAUCAGUAGUAAUGUGUGUGUGUGUGUCUCUCCAGUCAAGAGCUGCUGUGUGUAAUGUAGUGGUGUACAAUAAUAUUUGUGUGUGUGUGUAGGUUGCGCUACUCUCCUGUCUCUCUCCAGUCCUGAGCUGCUAACUGAGCUGUGUCAGUCUCAGUCCCGUCCUAUGAAGCACGUCUCCGUCUCUAAAGGACUCACCACUGUCUUCUCUGGACGGGGCAAGGGUGUAACGGUAAGGUGUGUGUGUGUGUGUGUGUCACACCAAUGUCUUCUCUGGCAGGAGGGAGGACAGAAAGAAUUGGGGGAAAAUGUUAGAAUUUACCUACUGUGGUGAAUAUUCUCUCUCUCUCUCUCUCUCUCUCUCUCUCUCUCUCUCUCUCUCUCUCUGCACUCCAGACUCCUAUCCCUGCCACUGCGUCAGGAGCAGCCAACCAGACACUCCGCUCAGACUCCACGGCUAAUGGGAGAAGACAGGCAGGUCCCAGGCUGUCUAAUGGGACAAAGCGUUAG